AUGUUCAAUUGUUUACGCCUCUCAUCAUGCAUUGCACGAAAUGGCACCAACAAAUUCGGCGUAUUUAAAACACUCAGCCCCGCCAGAUCGUUCGUGAGCAACUCACUGCUAGUCAAAUCAAACGGCGGAGGAUUCACCUUUCGUGAUACAACAAAGAAUAGUUUACUUACGAUAGGAAGAACAAUUCGCACGCCCAUCAGUCGAUACUGCACCAAAUCUAGUUCCCCCGAAAAAGGAACCAAAAGCGUCGGAUACUGGUUGCUAGGAUGCAGUGGGAUGGUCUUCGUUGCUGUCGUACUAGGUGGUGUUACCCGGCUUACCGAGUCGGGCCUCUCCAUGGUAACGUGGAAAUUGUUGGGCGAAAAAAUGCCAAGAACGGAUGCGGAAUGGCGCGAGGAGUUUGACCGAUAUCAACAAUUUCCCGAAUUUAAGCUCAAAAACCAGGACAUGACACUGCAAGAAUUUAAGCUUAUUUGGUUCAUGGAAUACGGGCACCGUAUGUGGGGUCGAGCAAUAGGAGCAUUCUAUGCUAUUCCAGCACUUUAUUUUUGGACCAGAGGAUAUUUUAACAAAGCGAUGAAAAUACGUGUGCUCGCUUUUGGCGCCCUUAUCGGUGCCCAGGGUCUAAUGGGCUGGUAUAUGGUGAAAUCUGGCCUGGAGGAUCGAUUCCAUCAGGAAAGUGAUGUACCGCGUGUUUCGCAGUAUCGUUUGGCAUCACAUCUCGGAUUUGCCUUCGUGCUGUACUCCCUCUUCCUAUGGUCUGCGCUGGAUAAGUUGCUGCCGGCACAGAAGCUGGUCGGUCAGAUUCCUGCUGCUACAUUCCGCUUUAAGGGUUUGGCCCAUGCUACCAAGGCGGCCGUAUUCUUCACCGCCCUUUCUGGCGCAUUCGUAGCCGGCCUAGAUGCUGGGCUGAUUUACAACUCGUUCCCGAAAAUGGCCGACCGCUGGAUUCCGAGUGACAUACUCGCCUUGUCGCCAACGUUGCGCAACUUUACGGAAAAUCCCACCACGGUACAGUUUGACCAUCGUGUCUUAGGAACAGCCACCCUUACGCUCAUCACCGGUAUGUUUCUCAUUUCCCGCCGACGAAUGUUACCACCGCGCGCAUACAAAGCGGCCACGGCCGUUGCAGCGAUGGGCUGGAUGCAGGUUGCCCUCGGUAUAACGACGUUACUUACGUACGUUCCCGUACCGCUAGCAGCAAGCCAUCAAUCGGGUUCGUUAAUUCUGCUGUCCUUGGCGAUCUGGCUGACACACGAAUUGAAACUUGUUAAGCGAUUACCCAAAUAA